AUGGAUCUUGACUUGGCUCUGUUGAAUGACAAACCUACUACCAUUACUGAUAAGAGCAAUGAGGAUAAGAAGUCUUUCCAUAAAUCAUGGGAGCUCUCCAACAAAUUGAGAUUUAUGUUCAUGCGAAUGAUUGUUGCUAACAACAUUAAGAGUACUAUUCCACAAGCAGAAAGUUCCAGGGAAUACCUGAAGUUUGUGGAAGAACAUUUUCGUUCUAUUGAUAAGUCUCUCAAUGGUACACUAAUGGAUGAACUCACGACCAUGAAGUUUUAUGGAUCGCGUAGUAUGCAAAAUUAUAUCAUCGAGAUGACCAACAUUGCAGCAAGACUUUGGACCUUGGGAAUGAAAGUGAAUGACACCUUCUUGGUUCAGUUUAUUCUGAACUUAUUGACUCUUGAGUAUGGACCAUUCCAAAUUAAGCAUAACACUAUUAAGGAUAAGUGA